GAAAACCAUACUUCGUUGAUCGGGGGCUCUUUCGGGUGCUUUUGGAAGAUCGUUUCCGGCCCAACGCCGAGCCCAUUCGAAGGCGCGCGGUCCGUAUAAGAGAAGCCAACUGCCGCCGUCCGGUCGCCGGCUCACCCAGAAACGAAAAGUUGAGAGGAGAGAGAUGGAGAGAGGGAGAGCAAUGCCGCGCGGGCGUCGUGGCAGGGGGAGGGGGAGGGGCAGGGGCAGGGCUCGGACCCCCGUCGCCGACGGCGGCAACCGCGGGGAGGCGAGCAAGGCGGGGCUGGCGAACAAGGCGAAGGAGCUCGCAGGGGCGGGCCAGGAGGACGCGAACGGCGAGGCGCACGACUGGGUAGAGGUGCCGGUGGUGUGGAGGCAGCCGCGGGGCGCCGCCGACGACGACGACGCUGCGCGGAUGAAGCAGCUGGUGGAGGAUCCCAAGGAGAAGACCGCGGCGGCCGACGACGCGGCUGCGCGGAUGGAGCAGGCGGUGGAGAAGCCCGUGCCCACCGCCCCGUUCGACCCCGGGCUGAUCGAGCACAUCAACGUUGGCGGGUACGUGAUGGAGCGCGACGCCUACGACUUCAUCCGGUACGACCUCGGGAUGCCCCCGCCCAGCCUCGAGCCCGAGCCGCGGCGGCUGUGGUCGUGGGACGACUCCUCCUUCCCGAGAGCGCGCCGCCGCCACCGCCACCGCCGCCCAAGUGAGCCGCCUACGUCUCUGUGCUGGCCGUAGAACGGGUGGUGUGACGAGUUCGCCCAGUUUUGGAGCAUUCGCAUGGUAGGGCUCUUGUCGCUGCCGCUAUCUAGCUGGGUUCCGCCGUACCGGCAAUGGCUUCACCGGCGGGACUCGCCCCGUACAACGACGGCAUGGGAAACCAAUGUAGACCACCGUCAUUGCUGUAGUUUAGAGAAGUAACUGUAGAAUGCUGUAGAUGGAAGAAACACCGUAGAUCGACGAAAUGUAGUGUAUAAAAAAGCACCAAGGACCGAUUUCCCAUUGAAACAUCGAGAACUUUCUGGUUAUCACGCUUGGGAGGAGAGAUUCAGUCUGCAAAACAAA